AUGGCUCGUACUAAGUGUACAGCUCGUAAGUCGACCCGAGGAAAGGCACCAAGGAAGCAACUCGUUUCAAAGAUAUUCAUUGCUGCUCGCAAGAGAGUGCCAGUAACCGGAGGAGUGAAGAAGCCUCGCCGUUACCGCCCCGGAACUGUAGCCCUUCGUGAAAUUCGCAAGUAUCAGAAGGGCACCGAGCUGCUCAUUAGGAAGAUGCCCUUCCAUAGGCUCGUCAGGGAGAUUUCCCAGUUUCACAAGGAGGCGGCAGAGGCGUAUCUCGUGGGUCUCUUCGAGGACACCAACCUGUGUGCAAUCCAUGCAAAGAGGGUCACCAUCAUGCUCAAAGAUGUUCAUCUGGCUACCAGGAUCCGUGGCGAGAGGCACUAA